AUGUCAUCACUGUGUGAUGGAAAUGAUCUCCUGCACUUGAACAAGAAUAGUGCUUCUGGUGUUGAUACUGACAGUGUGGCAGUGUUUGUGAUGGAGGGAGAUGCAGUCACUCUAUACACUGAUGUUAAAGCAAACCAACAAGACAGACUUAAAUGGUAUUUUAAUGACACGCGUAUCGCUCAAAUCAAUGGUGACCAGAGGAAGAUCUGUACAGAUGUUCAGUGUGAAAAGAGAUUCAGAGACAGACUGAAGCUGGAUCAUCAGACUGGAUCUCUGACCAUCAUCAACAUCAAAACCACAGACUCGGAACUUUAUGAGCUACAGUUUAACAAUGGCAUUAUUGAGAAGAUCUACUACGUUUCUGUCCAUGGUGCAUCAGGUGUUGAUACAGAUGGAGUGUCACUGUUUGUGAUGGAGGGAGAUUCUGUCACUCUGCACACUGAUAUUUCAAAAACCCAACAAGAGAGAAUUAAAUGGUAUUUUAAUGACGCGUGUGUGGCUGAAAUGAAUGGUGAUUUCAGUCAAAUCUGUGCAAAUGAUAAAUGUCAUAAUGAUGAAGAGAGAUUCAGAGAUGGAAUGAAGCUGGAUCAUCAGACUGGCUCUCUGACCAUCACAAAUAUCAGAACCACAGACUCUGGACUCUAUAAGCUACAGAUCAUAAACAACAGCAGCAGCAUUAGUGAAAAGAUAUUCAGUGUUACUGUCCGUGAUGUUCCUGGUGCAGAGACACAUAAAAUGAAGACAAUGCCAGUGGUGGAGGGAGAAUCUGUCACUUUAGAUCCUGGUGUAAUAAAAAAAACAAAUGACUUGAUGACAUGGUAUUUUAAUGACAUUUGCAUUGCUGAAGUCAGUGGAGAUUUCAGUAAGAUCUGUACAGAUGUUCAGUGUAAUGAAGGGACUGAGAGAUUCAGAGACAGACUGAAGCUGGAUCAUCAGACUGGAUCUCUGACCAUCAUGAACAUCAGAAACACAGACACUGGACUUUAUAAACUGGAGAUAAACAGCACCAAUAGCAGCAUUCGUCGUCGCCGCAGCAACAGUAUCAGCAUCAGCAGCUUUAAGAGCUUCAGUGUUGCUGUCAUUGAAUCAGGUCAGUCUGUGGCAGGAAUAUGUGCUUGUGUUGGCAUUUUUCUGCUGGUUUCUGUAGCUGUAUCCGCUGGUGUGAUUCACUGUCGCUGCAAUAACUCUACACAACCAGAACAGAAUGAGCAUCAUGUUGAACACUCGUCCCCUAAUAUGGCUGAGAUGCCAUUGAUGACUGUUGCCAAUGAAUCGUCACCUAAUCAGACUGAGGCUGCCAGUGUGACAUCAACGUAA